AUGCGUCACCAUCAGGGUCUUCUUUCUUGGUCUAUAUUCCUGGCUUCACUUGGAGGGGCACAGGCGAAGUUGGAUUUGAACUCGGCCAGCAACAUCGUUGUUUACUGGGGUCAAAAUUCUUUUAACGGAAAGGGCGAUAAGGCACAGCAGCCCCUGGCACACUACUGCGAUGAUGACGAUAUUGAUGUGAUACCAAUGGCCUUCGAUAUGAUGGUCAAUGGACCAGGAGGUGCUCCAGAGAUCGAUUUCUCAGUUACCAGCAAGGACUGCGAUCUCUUUGAGGGCACUCAACUGAAGAAUUGUCCUUUAAUUGGCGAGGACAUUGCGACGUGCCAAGAGAAGAACAAGACGAUUCUUCUUUCAAUCGGUGGAGCGACGUAUAGUGAGGGCGGCUUCAAGUCUGAGGAAGAUGCCAAGGACGGCGCGAGGCUGAUGUGGGAGACAUUUGGCCCCAAAAAAGAGGGCUCUAAAGCUUUUCGUCCCUUCGGUGACGUCGCCUUGGAUGGGUUCGACUUCGACUUUGAGGCUAACGUCCAACACAUGGCCCCCUUCGCCAACGAGCUGCGCUCACUGAUGAAGGCAGAUGAAAGCAAGCAGCAGUUCUACUUGACAGCAGCACCACAAUGUCCCUACCCCGAUCAGGCAGACAAAGAGAUCCUCAACGGCCCUGUCUAUAUCGACGCUAUCUGGGUUCAGUUUUACAACAACUACUGUGGCGUCAACACCUUCAACUCCGAUAGCUCACGUGGCGAAUACAACUUCGAAGAGUGGGACAACUGGGCUAAAACGGUGUCUAAUAACAAGGAUGUCAAGGUCAUCAUCGGCGUUCCAGCAUUUACUACCGCGGCUAGCACAGGAUAUAUCCCUGCGUCCCAGUUGGACAAGGUGAUUGAAUACACCAAGAAGUUCGAGAGUUUUGGUGGAGUAAUGAUGUGGGAUGCUACACAGGCAUAUGGUAAUGAGGGAUUUAUCAAGGACGUUCGGAAAAGCCUGGGCCCUGCGAAUGAUUCCGGUUCGUCGUCGCCCGAUCCGGUGUCAACCACGACACCUACCUCUGCGUCCACUGACUCAACGAAGACAACGGAACCAACGAAGACAACGGAACCAACGAAGACAACGGAACCAACGAAGACAACGGAACCAACGAAGACAACGGAACAGACGAAGCCAAAGACGACAACGACGACUUCAUCGUCUUCCAAUGUACCCGACUCCUCACACUCGUCUUCCUCCUCCUCAUCUGCUUCUGCUUCGCACAAGGGAGUUGAAGAAACCACCACCGCUACCACCAAUGAACAAAAAACCACCAUCACGGCCACGAUUACUAUUACCGCUACAAUCACAGAUCAUAAGCCUCAAAGUACAGAAGCAGAGCCGACUCCGACUGGAACCACAUCUGCCGAGACAACUGCGACUCCCACCUCGACUGCUAGCUCACAUGAUGAGAGUGACUCGAGCACGGAUGACUCGCAACCUAGCUCAGAUGAUGGAUCAGAUGACGGCUCCGAUAGCAAUGCUCUCAGCUCUAUCCUCGGCAACGACCUUCUUACUUUGCUGAGUGGUCUCCGUCAAGCCAACAACAUCGCUAGCGGCGUCACCCAUGGUCCAAGCAAUAAUCUCCGACGUGCUCAGCGUAAUCGUACCUGA